UGCUCACGUCACGCUCUGGUCUUUGGGAAGAGUGACGGCACGGCUCAAAACUUUCACGUACCGGCGACUGUUUAAUAACCUUCUUCCAUUUAGUAAGAGCUGCCAGUAUUCUGAGGAGUGUAAAAUAUCGUGGCUACCAUUCACAAUAGUGUUAGUUUUGUUCGACGAGAGCGCGUCUCCUGUUUUUAAAGCUUUUUUUCAGUUUGAAGUGCGGAGAUUUGGGGUAGCCGCAAGUUAAAUGGACGCAUGCGGAUCACGUUUAUGUGUGCGAGAGUGCGACAAACAACCUUUCAGCGCCGUGGAGAGAAACGAAGAAUGAACUUUCUGCUCGUUUUUGUUGUAUUCGGGUUUUGUUCGUGCGAAUUCCAGUGAACGGAAAAACUUCCACCCAACUUUUCCUGCCGUUGGUCGUCGUGUGAUCCAGCAGGUGGAGAAACACGAGCCGCUGUUUAAUCAGGAAAAGAACACAGGAACCGGAUUUAAAAUAAACCCGUUUUCUUCCAAAACUCCCACUGGAUUUAAUUGUACGACUUUGGUGGCUGGAAUAAACCAUUAUCAAGAACUAGUGCCGAGUAGGUUGACCAUCAGUCAUCAUGGCGUCUUCCUCGGUGAAGGUGGCCGUGCGCGUGCGGCCUUUCAACAGCCGAGAGAUAAACCGAGGAGCCAAGUGUGUGAUCCAGAUGCAGGACAAGAGCACAUGUAUUAUUAAUCCCAAACAACCCAAGGAAUCACCCAAGAACUUUACUUUUGACUAUUCGUACUGGUCACACAGCUCAGAAGAAGACCCAUCCUUUGCGUCUCAGAGGAAGGUGUAUCAGGACAUUGGCGAGGAGAUGUUGCUUCAUGCUUUUGAAGGCUAUAAUGUGUGUAUUUUUGCUUAUGGGCAGACUGGAGCAGGAAAGUCAUACACAAUGAUGGGAAAACAGGAUCCUGGGCAGCAAGGCAUCAUACCACAAAUGUGUGAAGAUUUGUUCAGACAGACAGCAGGCAACACUGACCCUGACCUGUCCUUUUCUGUAGAGGUUUCAUAUAUGGAGAUUUACUGUGAGCGUGUUCGAGAUUUGUUGAACCCAAAAAGCAGAGGGGCCUUGAGGGUCAGAGAGCACCCUAUAAUGGGUCCUUACGUAGAAGACCUCUCCAAAAUGGCUGUUACCAACUACAGUGAUAUUGCAGAUCUCAUGGACACUGGCAACAAAGCCAGGACGGUUGCCGCUACUAAUAUGAACGAGACCAGCAGUCGCUCGCAUGCUGUGUUCACCAUCCUCUUCACACAGCGUCGACAUGACAACAUGACCAGCCUGGACACUGAGAAGGUGAGCAAGAUCAGCCUGGUUGAUCUGGCAGGAAGUGAGAGAGCAGACUCGUCUGGAGCCAAGGGCAUGAGGCUGAAGGAGGGAGCCAAUAUUAACAAGUCCCUGACAACACUGGGGAAAGUCAUCUCAGCGCUGGCAGACAUGCACGGCUCAAAGAAGAGACGCUCUGAUUUCAUUCCCUACAGGGAUUCUGUGCUCACGUGGCUAUUGAGAGAGAAUCUAGGUGGAAACUCUCGCACAGCCAUGAUUGCUGCUCUGAGCCCAGCAGAUAUUAAUUAUGAAGAAACACUCAGUACUCUCAGGUAUGCAGACAGGGCUAAGCAGAUAAAGUGUAAUGCUGUCAUUAAUGAGGAUCCAAACGCACGUCUCGUCAGGGAGCUGAAAGAAGAGGUCAACAGACUCAAAGAGCUCCUCCUGUCUCAGGGACUCAGCAACCUCAUCACUGCCUCAGGGUCUGAAACAGGACGCCCCACUUUGGGAGGAGCAUUAGGUGAACUCUCCCAACCCUCGCUCACAUAUGAGCAGUCUACCUCUGACGCACCAAUGGAGGGUGUGACGCCCACCAGUCCCACUGCACACAUCAGCAAAGAGGAGGCCGCGGAGAGACUCAAGGAAACGGAGAAGAUAAUUGCAGAGCUGAAUGAAACAUGGGAGGAGAAGCUCAGGAAAACGGAGUCAAUUCGACAAGAGAGGGAGGCUCUGCUGGCUGAGAUGGGAGUGUCUGUAAAAGAAGAUGGAGGAACAGUGGGUGUCUUCUCUCCCAAAAGAACGCCCCACCUGGUGAACCUGAACGAGGAUCCUCUGAUGUCAGAGUGUCUGAUAUAUUAUAUUAAAGAUGGAGUCACCAGAGUUGGGCAGGAAGAUGUGGAUAUCCGUCUUAGCGGUCAGUUUAUAAAGGAGCUGCAUUGCGUAUUUUGCAGUGAAAUCAAUGACAAUAAUGAAGUGGUGGUGACUUUGGAGCCAUUAGUUGGAGCAGAAACAUACGUCAAUGGAAAACGAAUCAAUGAUGGUGUUGUGCUAAAACAAGGUAACCGUAUAGUGAUGGGGAAGAACCAUGUGUUCAGGUUUAACCACCCUGAGCAGGCCCGCUUAGAGAGAGAACGCAGUGCUACACAGGAGCAGCAGGGGGAGCCGGUGGACUGGAGCUACGCACAGAAAGAACUGCUGGAGAAACAAGGCAUUGACAUAAAGCAGGAGAUGGAGAAGAGACUGCAGGAUCUGGAGAAUCAGUACCGCAAGGAAAAGGAGGAGGCAGAUCAGAUACUGGAACAGCAGAGACUGUAUGCAGACUCAGACAGCGGUGAUGACUCAGAUAAACGGUCCUGUGAGGAGAGCUGGAGACUCAUCUCUUCUCUCAGAGAGAAAUUACCAGCCAACAAGAUGCAGUCUAUCGUGAAAAAGUGUGGUUUGCCCAGCAGUGGAAAGAGGAGAGAGCCGCUGCGUGUGUAUCAGAUCCCCCAGCGUCGCCGCAUACCUGCCACCCAGGAGUCCAAACACCGACUCAGUCUAGAAGAGCUUCGCACGCAGGCUGUUAAAGAGAUCUGCUAUGAGGUGGCGCUUGGAGACUUUAGACACACGCGGCAAGAGAUUGAGGCCUUGGCUAUUGUCAGGAUGAAGGAGCUUUGUCGCACAUACGGACAAAAAGACCCUCAAGAGAGAGAAACCUGGAAAAGUGUGGCAAAGGAUGUAUGUGAGACUGUGGGCAUCGGAGAGGAGGAGGGAGACAGGGAGGAAAGAACAACAGCAGCUGGAGGAGGAGGAGGAGGGAGUGAGGGAGGAAGGGCCGAUAUGGGAGAGCUCAAAGCUCAUAUUGACAAGUUGACUGAUAUACUGCAGGAAGUCAAGUUGCAGAACAAUAUGAAGGAUGAGGAGAUCCGGUCACUACGGGAUCGCAUGGUGAAGAUGGAGAAGAUAUUCCCAGUCGAAGUUCAGGGAGAUGGUGAUGACAUUGAGUUGGAUGGGGCCAGAAGUGAUGACCCACCAGCACAAGUCAACAGACGCGAUGAGGAUUCUGGGUACCGGCGGGGUCGCCAUCGCUGGCAGUACCCAGACAAAUACCACGACCCUAAACGUCGCAAAGGACCCAGCAAUCAGCCAAGCAAUGCCCUCUACUCGAUGGCUCCCCCCUCAGGACAUUCUCAGAACAACCCAUUCAGUACGGCAUCGCCUCGAUUCUCAAAUCCAUCUUUCAAUUCUCAAACCCCUCGCAACCCCAGUGGUCCUUUCUUGCCAGGCACUGGGAGAUUCUUGCCGCCUCAAGAGAGGAAGCUACAAUUCCCCUUUAAGAAUAAUCCCCAACACAGAGGCUUCAUCUGGGGCCCAACCUCAGGGGGCGAAGGUGGAAAGGACACAUCCCCUCAGUCCAAUACUGAUAUGGUGCAUACCUUCCAGUCAUCUCCCUCGCCAAACCAGGGCCAGUGGCCAAACAAUCAUCACCAACAGCGGCGCAAUCACGGUAACAGAGGCUACGGCAACUGGGGAAACAGGCAACGAUCUAGAAACAGGGGACGGAAUCCUUUCGAUGGAUAUUUAACCAACGAACAGGCUGGAAAUAUUGAGCAUAAAGAUGGCGGAUCAGUCCAAGGGCAGCACAAGCAGGGUCGAGCACGUUACACUUGGUACAAUCCCAAUUUUGGUUCAGACCAGUCUGUUGGAGAUGGAUUCCAACACAAUUACAACCAAAGCAGACAAGGUGUCUACAAACACCCCAACUCUCACUACCAUCACCUGCAAAAACAGGAAUAUCCUCCAGAGAUGAUCCAACAUGGGUCUGAAGGCAAUCCCAAUCCACCUUCCAUCCCAGAUUGCAAUAGCACCCCCAUGGAGACCUGAUUUCUUCUGUGGAGAGCAUGGUCUUGAGCAUGGGAGCCAUAGCACUCUGCUUUUCUUAUUUGCAGUUCUUGGACGGGACUCCUAGAAACCAGAUAAAUGCAAUGUUUUGGUUUGUUGUGGAAGGAUUAUGAGUGCUGGGAAUGUCCAGCAGCUGAGAACGGUUUUUAAGAGAAACUCCUUAGUGCAAUAACACCAUUCUGUUCCAAAAAAUGACAGAACAUUGUAUGCACCUGAAUUUUAAUGUACAUAUUGCGGUUUCAUACCUGCACCUACAGUGCUUUAUGGGUGAUGUUUUUAUGUGCACACAUAUCUGUGUGUUAUUCAGAUGUGUAUAUAUAUAUAUCUAUGAGUAGGUUAUAAAUUGAAAUGGUAUGUAUUUGCAAGAGAAUUGAGCUCCUUUUAACGCACAGUGCACUGCAACAUUGACGUUAUGGCCUGAGAAGUGUAUGGCCUAUGAAACGAUCUAGAUAUUUUUGUUGGAUUUCUAAUUUUACAUUGUGCCUGCUGAAAAACCAAAGAAUUUUGAUUUAAUAGCUCUCGGGUUUAUAACUGCUUUGGAUGCGAUUUUUAUAGUUGACUUUUUUUUUCUGUUUUUUUUUACUUGCCACUUGUGUUCUUUUAUUCUUGUAUCCUGAGGGGCGUGUUUCAUAUAAUGUGUUGUUUAGGGGUUAAAAAAAACAAAAAAACAAAUAGGUACAUAAUCCUGAAAACAUUUAAAGGGAUAGUUCAUACAAAACUGAGAAUUAUCCCAUGAUUUACUUCACAUCUUUCAGAGAUAAACUCUUGAGUUAUAUUAAAAAUCCUCAUUGCUCUUCUUAGUCAAAGGUCUCCACGGUAACCAACCAAAUUUCUUGCAUACGGGAUUCAAUUUCCGUAUAAAACGCUGCAGCAGUGAGUAAAUCUGGUGUAAUUUGAAUGGGAGCGGGUGGUCUACCACUAUCUAACCGUGUUAUCAGCAAAUUUUAAGCAAACUUAGCAUUUUGACAAGACAAAAAUAACUAAUUUGCUACCAUUUUUGUAUAAUCUGCAUAUUUUUUUUCUCUGCAACACUUUUUUUCUGCUGUGUUUAAAAUGUUAGAGUUUUGUGUCUUGACAACAUGAAAUUAAUUUUGUGCAAACAACACAUUUAUUUGUUAGCCUAUCUCUUUCUUUAAGUAGCAGAAGUUUUUAUGUGAGAUUCUGGAAACAAGAUCUAAAUCAUUUAAGCAGACAACAAGUGAACAAAGACUUAAUAUGUGGUGAGAGCUGGAAAGCGUGACAAAAAAAAAACUGUCUCGUGCUGACUUCCACUCCGAGCUUUAUAAUGGCACUGAAAGAUUAAAGUUUAUAAAGUUUAAAGCUGCAGUCCGUACAUUUUUUGUUGUAGUUGUUAAAAUUAUUCAGUUAAUGAAGAAAGUACAUAACCAGCCAGUGUUCAAACUGUCCCCUUUAGCUCGAUUCACAACGGCUAGCUUGUAAUAAUGUUUUCUGAUUUGACGGGACGGGUAGGUUUUGGCGGGAAAUUCAAUCACGGCACUGCGUCAUUACGUCACGUCUGUAAACGUAAAGAUUGAGGUCCGGCUGGCUUUAUUCACCUGAGGAUCCUGCGGGAGGAGCAUAUUCUCAUAGCAGCUGGAAUAAUUAAAUGUCAAAAUUUAUUUUGAUGGCGGAUUGUAAUCUAGAAGGGAUUAUAUAAAAUGAAUUAAAUUAUACUUACUUGACAGUAUAAAUAAGUAAAUUCUUAUUUGGGUCGUAUAUUCAGAGACGUAGUGUAGAAUCUGUGAUUUCGUACAGGACUGAGUCCGCUGCGGUGAUUGACAGAAACACGUUCACCUCAAAACAUUAGAUUCAUCCGCGCUGCAGCACAACCCACGCAGAGGAUAGAACUCCGCGAGAAACUGCGAUACCAGGUUCUCAAACAUAGAUGGCGACAAAGAGGCAACAUUUACAGACUGCAGCUUUAAGCAGUGAAUUUUCACCUCAAGGGGCCUUUAUUGUGGAGUACUUUUUAUAAUGAAUAGACACGUUUUUGGGGGAUUCAACAACUUAAACACCUACAAAAUUUUUGAAUGUAAAUCUUACAGUAUUCAAAGAAAGUCAUAUACACCUAGGAUGGCUUGAGGGUGACUUUUGGGUGAACUAUCCCUUUAAGUGGGUGCCAAUCUACAGACAUUUUUUUUGCAUUGCCUUGUCUUAAUUGGGCCCAACACAAAGAGACAGUGAUUCUGUCUCUUUUAUGUCACACUGACAAUGUUUUGAAAUAGCAAAGCGACAAACGCUGCCAAAGAAAACAAUGUAAGUGAAAUUCAAAUCCCGCUCCGUAUAGCUGUGUACUAAAAACUAAAUUAACUGAUUUGCUAUGGUUUCAUUAAUUUCGCUUCAUUUGUGUGAUUAUCUUUGGCCAGAAUAAGCUGCGAAGUGGAGCAGGAUUUCUGACAAACGCCAAAAGUCUGUCUCUGUGACACUAGCCAAAUCCUGCUCCGCUACAGACCCUAGUCACGGCCGUAGUUAACGUUCUGCAGGAAGGAGAACGAGGCUGUGAGGGAAGUUUAACAGCAUUCCAUUAGUUCAGCUGUAACAAAGUGGCCUGAUCCAGGACUUGUAUACAAUGUGUGUGAAUACUGUAAGUCUGUCCCUCGCGGCUUCUCUGUUAUCCGUGUUACAUUUAUUCCCGUGUCUGACCUGCCUGAGGUCUGCUGUCACAGUUUUUGAUUGCCGAAUAAAUCGUGGUUGACAGCUGUUGAAGUUUUGCGCCACAUAUCGAUAAAUUCUAGACAAUUAUGGCUUCUUGCUGGAUUUUCGUUGCGUUGCACCUGGUUAGGAUGUUGUUAUAUUCCCAUUUUGACCAUUUGUAAGUAUUCAGCUGAUCUACAUUUGGAAAAAUAAAUACAUUUACUUUAA